ACGAACUCUGGCCUUUGAGGAAGAAACCAUUCACAAUCGAGGUUGCCAAAGCGAGAGCCAACCUGAUCGCGAUCGCGAUGGACGAGGAGAUGAAGAGCGAAACGCAGGUGGCGCCGGCCGCGGGCACGAGCGAGGAGAAGCGCUUCGAGAUCAAGAAGUGGAACGCUGUGGCACUCUGGUCCUGGGACAUCGUUGUGGACAACUGCGCUAUUUGCCGCAAUCACAUUAUGGACCUAUGCAUCGAAUGCCAGGCCAACCAAGCGUCGGCCACCAGCGAGGAGUGUACGGUGGCCUGGGGUGUCUGCAGUACGUCCGCGCUGCUGCUGUAUCUGGGUUGAUACGAACCAUUUACUAGAUAUUUUUAUUGUUCGUUGUAGACCACGCCUUCCACUUUCACUGCAUUUCUCGGUGGCUCAAGACUCGCCAGGUGUGUCCGCUGGACAACCGCGAGUGGGAGUUUCAGAAGUACGGUAGAUAACUGGAGCCAACGCUGGAGUGAGCUCAAGAGAUGCGGAUCGCUUGUGUAUCUGCUGGCGACGGCAACUGCGUCGAAGUACUGUAGAAGCACAUUGUGGUGUGGAGUUGGCCACACAGCUCGAGAGAGAAGAAAGAGCUUCCAAGGCGUGGUUUUAGCUAUUUGAGUACGUUCUUUCUCUCAUUAACUUCUUUACUAACGUUUUAUCAGCGAAUUCUGAGUUGACAUUCACACCACGCGAAUCGGUUUAUGGGCUAUUGAAUGCCUAACGAUCGAAGCUUCUUGUCUUCGAGAAUACAUAAGUUCAAAAGUACGUUUACGUCCAGAGGGAGAGCACUCCCAUGGCUCCGUAGCCAGCGAGCAGAGCAGAGCACUUCUCAAUCUGGUAUCGAGGGUCUUGCAGCUCUUGGGGGAUGAUUUCCAUGAUGGCAACGAACAGGAAGGUGCCACCAGCGAAUGCAGCACAGACACCACCGGCAGGCGUCGCAUGGUUAGUAUCAACCAGUAAUCGGCCGAACAAAAUGCCUGUAGGUGUCAUAAGCGAGAAGAUUGCAACGGUGGAUAGAAGCUGCUUCCGCGAGACAUUGUGGUGUAGAAACUCGAGCGCAAGUGCGAACGCCGCCAGCGACUUGUGAGCCAGUAUGGCGACGAGGAUAUCCCAAGCCGCACUGCUCGAGGCUCCCAUGCCCAUACCUUCCAUCACUGAGUGGAAAGACAGAGCGAUGAACACGACAAGCGCCAGGAUAGGGUUGCCCUUGACAAUGCCGUGAAUGUGCGAGUGUGGCUCCUCCUUGUCGUCUUCUGCGUGGAGAGUUAGCUCAGUACUCGCUCCUUGGGUACCGUAAUCUCCAGUCUCUAGUUGGCCGUGCGAGUGACCGUGAGCGUGACCGUGUGAGUGACCAUUAGUCUUGGCUAGAUUGUUCACCUCGGUGGCUCGCGUACCAUCGAGUGUGAGCAGCGCAUCGUGUUCUUGCUGUCUGUGCCCAUUUUGCACCUUACUGUAGUGCCGUUGCAGUGUGUGUGCGAGCACCUCAAUGAGCAGCACCAUGAGGAAGCCGCAGCCGUAGAAGAAGUUGGCCCACUUGAAGCAACGCUUGUUAUCACCGUCGUAGCGAGUACGCACGGCCAGGAAGACCUCGGCAGUGUGCUCGCAGCCCCACUCCGUGAGAGCUGCGUUGUUCUGCGCGUCCGGUAGUAGAUGCAUGCACGAGCUAGCGAGAAAAAUGCCGGCCGCCACCAUGUUCAGUAUGCUACUGGCGCGCUUGCUCACGCGCUGGCUGCUCAGCAAUGGCGCAAUGCCGCCGAUAAGUCCCAGCGCCCAAAUAAAGAGUGCUGCAGCCAGUUUGAAUUUAUCCACAGAGUCCAUCGCUUGAGCAGGUUGUGCAGAGGAUGUCAGCGUCUUUUACGGAAAAUCGCAGAGUGAAGAGCUGUGUACAGCGCUGGGCUUCCUCGCUCGUGAGUCCGCAUUAUUCAGCUUAUCCGACGGCGGACCAAUGCGUGGAUGUGCGAAAAACUUAGUGUUGUACACAUAGUUCCAGUACUUGUAUAGUGUCUUGCAGGCAAAAACGUUUGACUAUUGAAAUUCUUAUGGAC